AUGACAUCCGUGGAACUAAGACUAAGUGCAGAAGAUCCAGACUUGUUAUUUCAAUUCAGCUCACCAAUAGAUGCAAGCGCUGGAAAUAAUUCAAACCGCAAUCCAUCGGGAACGCAAAAUUGGGAUCAACAUCUGGAUUUGAUGUCGGAACCAAAUGGACUCGAUCGUCACGUGCGUCUCCGGGCCACGCCCAGACUGGCGGCGAGUACCGCGAGUACGGCAAGCACACUGUUGGAAGACGAUGACGAUGAAGACGACGAGACACAGACGCUUUUUGGAUCGGUAGCGCCCAGCAAUUUGACGAGUGGCAACCACAACAGCAAUGGUGCGGUGAAUGCUGCUCCUGCUUCGGUCGUCCAAGGAUCGUCGUCUUCCCAGCAUACGCGUGCGGCAGCGCCAGCAGCUUCCCGCUACAACUCCAGUUUUUCUCACAGCCGUACGUUUGGUACUCCAAGGAACCCCUCCAGUGUCCAUGUGCUUUCCAAUUUCAACAACAUAUUGUCGCGGUCUUUGUCGGCGCACCAGCUCCAGGAUAUCGAGCGCAUGGUGGACGAGUUCUGGCUUCGCGACUCAAAACUCACUGAAGACAUGUUUGACGAUUCAUCCGAUGAAGAGUAA